CAACAGACUCCGCAACCGGGUAGAUGACUCUUGAGCAGUCCUAGGACUCAGUCGAAAGCCCAAACGAAACAGUUAACCUUUGAAUAUGUGGGGGGAACAAUAGUUGCUCAUACGCAUAGAAGGCUAUACCCUGUUUCAACAAAAUAGAAGAAGAAGAAGAAGAAGAAGUUUACAAAAUGCUUUAGAAAAUUUCGACACCGUGGUGAUAAUAGUGCGGAAUCUUGCUGUUUAUAUAAUUAUUGGAACAGUUUUAGCACGCCCCAACAUUUCCAACACCAAACAUGGCAAACGGUCCACCUACGCGCAACCUGUUGCGCAUUGUGCUGGACAACUUUCUGAAAUCGUUUCGACCGCGGCAGAUGAAAGGAAACUACGUCGGGGAAGAUUAUUUUGGCAACAAAUAUUAUGAAAUUCCGCCCGAUCCGUCCGUUGGUCGGCGCCGUGCCUCUCGCUGGUUCGAGCCAACUGCGAAGGAAGCGUACGAUCAGGAAAUAACCGCCGAAUGGGAAGCAUGGCUAAGGGGCCGCAGGAAGGAACCACCGACGGAGCAGGAACUGCUGAAAAAUUUAGCCAUCAUGAAAAUGAAGGAGCGUAACGCGGCUGAGCUAGAAGCAAAGUUCAGUAAACCGAAGGAUGCGGCCGCGCUGGAACAGCAGAAAACCGGCAUGGGAUCGUUCCCGCAGUACGACGACUACGAAGUAAUGCCCGGCAAAGGAAAACACGAAAAGUAGAGAUAGAAAAAAAGUCACGACACGCGCAACGUUUGUGAGACAUUAGUCCUAUAUUUGCUUGAUCAAGUAGAGUCGGAAGUUCUAACGAGUUGUUCAUUAGACCCUCCCAUAUGUGUAUAUACAAUUAAAUGAUAAUAUAUUAUACCGGGGCGACGUGGUGUGACGCUCAAAAUUUA